UUUAAAUGUCCCUUAUUGUAAUAUUAAUAGAUUAAUUUAAUUGUAUUGAAUGUUUAAUUAAUAAAGUAAAAAUUAAAAUGUGGCCAAGUUUGAUCCCUUUAUGCUUUGCAUUAUGAAUAGUCUUUUGUUUUGCGAUAAUUUGCAUAUAGAAGCAUUUUAUAUCUGACAGUAGGGGAAUUUUUAGGAUCACCUGUUAGUUUAUUUACUUUUUGGAAGUUCAUUUAUCAUGAUGCGAAGUCAUCAGUUUUGCAAAGUAAGCUGUUAAUUACAGCUGAAAUGCAAUGGGCGAUAUGGGGUCUGCAAGUUUUUUACACAUAGGGGACAUUGUAUCCCUUUAUGCUGAAGGAAAUGUUUGUGGAUUUUUAAGUACUUUAGGGCUUGUUGAUGAUAGAUGUGUCGUUCAACCUGAUGCAGGAGACCUUGCUUCUCCACCAAAAAAAUUUCGAGAUUGUCUAUUUCGAAUGUGCCCUAUGAGCAGGUAUUCUGCUCAGAAACAGUUUUUAAAAGCAGCAAAGCAGAGUGCAACAAGUGCCACAGAUGCUGUUCUUCUAAAGAAAUUGCAUCAUGCAGCCGAAUUAGAAAAGAAACAAAAUGAAUCUGAAAAUAAAAAAUUAAUUGGUACAGUCAUGCAGUAUGGAGGUGUGAUGCAGCUGCUCCAUCUUAAAAGUAAUAAAUAUUUAACUGUAAAUAAAAGGUUGCCAGCUCUUCUAGAAAAAAACGCCAUGAGAGUGUGUCUGGAUUCAGCUGGCAAUGAAGGAUCUUGGUUUUAUAUUGUGCCUUUUUACAAACUAAGAUCUUCAGGUGAUAAUGUUGUUGUUGGUGAUAAGGUAGUUUUAACUCCUGUUAAUGCUGGUCAACCUUUGCAUGCUAGUAACUAUGAGCUUCAAGAUAACCCAGGAUGCAAAGAAGUCAAUGCAGUCAACUCCAAUACUUCUUGGAAAAUAUCUUUAUUCAUGGAAUAUAAAGAAAAUAUUGAUGAUGUAUUGAAAGGAGGAGAUGUUGUUCGAUUAUUUCAUGCUGAGCAAGAAAAAUUUCUCACAAUGGAUGAUUACAAGAAAAAUCAGUAUGUUUUUCUAAGAUCUACUGGUCGUACCACUGCUACAGCUGCGACAAGCUCUAAAGCAUUGUGGGAAGUAGAGGUGGUGCAACAUGAUCCAUGCAGAGGUGGUGCUGGUCAUUGGAACAGCUUGUUUCGGUUCAAACAUUUGGCUACAGGUCACUACUUAGCAGCCGAAGUAGAUAAUGAUGAUACACCAGAUGUCAUGCGGAAUAAACUUAGAGGAAAUGCUAGCAAUAAUGUUUACUGUUUAGUAGCUGUUCCACAUUCUACCGACAUAGCUUCAAUAUUUGAAUUGGAUGCAACAACAUUGACCAGAGGUGAUGACUUAGUUCCACAAUCUUCAUAUGUACGAUUGCGCCAUUUGUGUACAAAUACGUGGGUACAUAGCACAACUAUACCUAUUGAUAAAGAAGAAGAAAGGCCUGUGAUGUCAAAGGUUGGGUGUGCUCCUAUCAAAGAAGAUAAGGAAGCUUUUGCCAUUGUUCCUGUUUCUGCUACAGAAGUUCGGGAUUUAGAUUUUGCAAAUGAUGCCUGCAAAGUACUUGAUUCUAUCUCAGGAAGUUUAGAGAAAGGCCAAAUCAUUCAGAAUGAGAGGAGAUUUGUCACUCAGCUCCUUUGUGAAGUUAUUUAUUUUGUUGCAAUGAAGGAAAAUGAUCCAAAGAAGCCUGAUCCGUUAGACUUAGUGGUUUCUCAUCCUAACAGAGAGCGUCAAAAACUAUUAAGAGAACAAAACAUUUUAAAGCAGUUAUUCAAAAUUCUUCAAGCACCAUUUAAUGAUUGUGGAGAUGGCCCGAUACUUAGAAUGGAUGAACUUAGUGAUCCUCGACAUGCUCCAUUCAAACAUAUUUGCAGACUUUGUUACAGAAUUUUGAGAUUGUCUCAACAAGAUUAUCGUAAAAAUCAGGAAUAUAUUGCAAAAUGGUUUGGAUUCAUGCAAAAACAAAUUGGCUAUGAUGUGUUAGCUGAAGAUACUAUCACAGCUUUAUUACACAGUAACAGGAAACUAUUGGAGAAACAUAUCACUGCUGCUGAAAUUGAAACAUUUGUCAGUUUAGUUCGAAAAAAUCAUGAGAGCAGGUUCUUAGAUUAUUUAUCUGAUCUUUGUAUAUCAAACAAAGUAGCCAUUCCAAUUACCCAGGAGUUGAUCUGUAAAGCUGUAUUGAGCCCAAAAAACUCAGACAUCCUAAUAGAAACAAGAAUGGUAAGAACGCAGUUAGAGGUUGAAGUUGAAGUUGAGAGUCAAAAUGGGGAAGUUGAGCCUAUGGUGACUAUUGAAGAAGAGGAGGAUGUUGUCUUAUUUUGGGAUAAUGGUCGUAAAAGCAAAAGUAUUCGAGAACUUGCCGCUGGUGCAAUUAAUGGAAAUAAGGAAGAUCAGUCUAUCCUAUCUUAUUACAGGCAUCAGCUGGACCUUUUCUCUGGAAUGUGCCUUGACCGUCAAUAUCUGGCUAUAAAUAAUUUAUCACCUCAUUUGGAUAUAGAUCUGAUUCAGAAAUGCAUGGCUGACGAAAAUUUACCAUUUGAUUUAAGAGCUGCAUUUUGUCGUCUUAUGCUUCACAUGCAUGUUGACAGGGAUCCUCAAGAGCAGAUAACACCUGUGAAAUAUGCUCGCCUAUGGUCAGAUAUUACUCAGAAACUUUCUAUUCAAGAUUAUGAUGCCAAUAAACAUCCAGAUCCAAAUAAGGAAGCUGUUAGAGCAAAGUUUGCUCCUACUAUAGGUUUUGUUGAGGACUAUCUUUGCAAUGUUGUGGGACAUAUGUGGUCUUUUGCUGAUCGAGAGCAAAAUAAGUUGACUUUUGAGGUAGUGAAACUAGCGAGGGAAUUGAUAUAUUUUGGAUUCUACAGUUUUUCUGACUUGCUACGCCUUACGAAAACACUCUUAAGCAUUUUGGAUUGUGUUCCAGAAUCUAGUUUUUUGAAUGGUAAACUAACUGCAGCAGAUCUAGAUGCAAAGGAGGAGAAAGAAGAAGAAGAGGUGAAGAAAGAAACAAAACCAGCACGAGGUGGUGUCUUGAAGUCUAUUGGUGAUAUGGGUGCUGUUAUGACCAAUAUGGUUCUUGGUACAUCAGGCAUGACAAAGCAAGUUAGUGCAACUAUGCAGAAAAAAGCUUCCAUCACAGGUGCUGAAGACACAUUAGUAAUGGAUACUAAAUUAAAAAUUAUUGAAAUUCUUCAGUUCAUAUUGAAUGUUCGCUUGGACUACAGGAUAACAGGCUUGCUUUCAAUAUUUAAAAGGGAAUUUGAUGAAAGCCAAGACAAAAGCUCUUCAGAUGACAAUUCAGUAAAUAUAGAAGACAAAGGUACUUCAGGUAUUGAUUUGGAAAGGAUAAGCUACCAUGCAGAAUCUAUAUUUGGUGGAAAGGAUGACUGCACAGAAAUUGAUCUGGAUGGACAAGGUGGAAGAACAUUCCUUAGAGUAUUAUUGCAUCUUACUAUGCAUGACUAUCCACCUCUAGUUUCAGGAGCUCUGCAACUUCUCUUCAGACAUUUCAGUCAAAGGCAGGAAGUUUUACAGGCUUUCAAACAGGUUCAACUUCUGGUAUCUGCAAGUGAUGUUGAAAAUUACAAACAGAUAAAAAGUGAUUUAGAUGAACUUCGACUCCUAGUUGAAAAAUCUGAAUUAUGGGUCUUCAAAUCAAAGCAAGAAGAAACAAGCAAAAAGAAGAAAAGCACUGAUGAUGAUGGAGAUGGAGAACCAGAAAGGAAAAAAGUUUCAAAAGCUAAAAAGAAAGCAAACUUGGACUUAGGCCCUGCUGGUAAUGAAGGCUCUGCUAUAGAUUUGGAUAUUGGACCACCAGUUGAUCCAGUUCAGAAUAAAAAUUACAAAACCAUUCAGCAGAUUCUGCUUCGUUUAACAAGAUUAUGUGUUCAAGAAAUGCCAAAUGGAAGGAAACCUCGUAAACACGAGCAAAGACUUUUGCGCAACAUGGGUGCUCAUGCAGUGAUAUUGGAGUUAUUGCAAAUUCCUUAUGACAAGAAAGAAGAUAUAAGAAUGAAUGAAUUGAUGAGACUUGCUCAUGAAUUUCUCCAACAUUUUUGCCUUGAUAAUCAUGCAAAUCAAGCUCUGCUUCAUAAAUACAUUGAUUUGUUCAUGAAUCCUGGUCUUUUAGAAGCUCAAACAAUGAGAAGCAUCUUCAUGGAUAACGUAUCACUUUGCAAUGAGCUAAAUGAUCGAGUUGUGCAGCAUUUUGUCCAUUGCAUUGAGACUCAUGGAAGGCAUGUCCAGUAUUUAAAAUUUCUGCAGACCAUUGUAAAGGCUGAAGGGCAAUAUAUAAGGAAAUGUCAAGAUAUGGUUAUGCAAGAGAUGGUCAAUGCUAGUGAAGACGUACUUGUAUUUUACAAUGACAAAACUUCCUUUAAUCAUUUGGUUGAAAUGAUGCGUUCAGAGCGCCAGAGAAUGGAUGAAGCUGGGCCAUUGCAGUAUCAUAUUAACCUUGUUAAGCUUCUUGCAUGUUGUACUGAGGGAAAAAAUGUAUUCACUGAAAUAAAAUGCCAUUCCUUGCUAUCAUUGGAUGAUAUUGUUCAAGUGGUAACCCAUCCAGAUUGUCUGCCUGAGGUUAAAGAAGCAUACAUCAAUUUUUUGAGCCAUUGCUUUAUAGAUACAGAAGUUGAAAUGAAGGAAAUUUACACCAGUAAUCAUAUUUGGACACUUUUUGAAAAUUUUCUUGUAGACAUGGCUAUGGUAUGCAAUGCUACCCAUGAUCGCAGGCAUGCAGAUGUUGCAUUAGAAAAUUACAUCACUAACUCAGUGAUGAAUAUUAUUACUACAUUUUUUAAUUCUCCUUUUUCUGAUCAAAGCACCACAGUCCAGAAGCAACUUUUGCAUGCUAGGGUGUUCUGGGCUCAAGGGCAAUUAACUGCAAUCGAUCUUAGUGAUACCCAUCAGCCUGUAUUUGUGCGUCUUCUUCAAGGAGCUUUCAGAUUAUCAAACUGCCCAUGGCUUAAUGUUCACCAAAGAAUGAAUGUUGAAAGUUGCAUCAAGACAUUAUCUGAUAUUGGGAAAAAUAGAGGGAUUGCUAUUCCUGUAGACUUAGAUACUCAAGUUGCAGCAAUGUUUAAUAAAAAUGCUAUGAUCAGUAAGCAUACGAGAGCAUGGCUUUCAGCUGCUCGUACCCCUCGAAGAGUUCCGUCUUCUACGAAUGUUUUCAAAAAUGACCGUAGCAUAAUUGAAGGUUUGCAGGAUAUUGUGUCUCUACUGGAAGAUCAACUACAUCCAUUAGUUCAGUCAGAAUUGUCUGUUUUAGUGGAUGUAUUGCAUCGGCCAGAAUUAUUAUUUCCUCCUGGAACCGAAGCUCGUAAAAAAUGUGAAAAUGGAGGUUUCAUUUCAAAACUGAUCAGUCACACUGAAAGGUUAUUGGAAGAAAAAGAAGAAAAGCUCUGUAUUAAAGUUUUGCAAACAUUGAAGGAAAUGAUGUCAUUAGAUCCAGAUUAUGGAGAAAAACCUGAGGUAAAGACUCUUACAAAAAAAGAGGUAGAAGAUCAGAUGAGGGGUGAGGCAUUGCGUCAAACAUUACUGCAACGGUAUUUUGGAAAGGUUCAUUGUAAAAGAGACAGCAUAGUGAAUGGCAAGCAGGCAUUGCAUCCACCUAAAGCUGCUACUCCCAUUACCCAUGGACCAGGAGGUGUUAUUCUAACUCGUGCAGAAAUGACAUUAGCUGAAGUACAAUGUCAUUUGGAUGAAGAAGGGGCUUCAAAUUUAGUUGUUGAACUCAUCAUGAAAAAUCCUAGUAAUGCCAUAUUUUUAGAAAGUGUAGAACUAGGAAUAGCAUUAUUAGAAGGAGGAAAUCCUGUUAUACAGAAAUCUAUGCUUCUGAAAUUGACAUCUGGAAACAUUUCUGAAAAGUUUUUCAAAGUUUUUUAUGACAAAAUGAAAGAUGCUCAACAAGAAAUAAAAUCUUCUGUAACUGUCAAUACUGCAGAGCUUACUAAUAGAACUGGUGAUGAAAAAGAUACUAUUGGAAAAGACCUAGGAAAAGAUGGACGUCGUAUUAAAACAGGUCUAAAACAAAAUGGGCUUGUUAUGACUGAUGAAUUGAAAGAGCAAUUAGAAGAUGCAGCUGCUGCUACAAGUAAAGCAUAUGCUCAUGUGCGAAAUCUUGGCACUACUGGAGCUGCAGCAGCUGCAACGGAAUCUGAUCUUCUGAAUCUUGGUCAAGGUACUCAUACUCAUGUUGCUUUAGAAGAGAUCUUAGCUGAAAAGGCUGAAAAAGCAAAAGAUGCUGAAGAAAAUAAAUUACCUCAAGAAGUUGUUGUAAUGCAACCUAUUCUUCGAUUUUUGCAACUUCUUUGUGAAAAUCAUAAUUAUGAUUUGCAGAAUUUCUUAAGGAACCAAAACAACAAAACAAAUUAUAAUCUAGUUUCAGAAACUCUGAUGUUUUUGGAUUGUAUUUGUGGCAGUACUACUGGAGGACUAGGUCUAUUAGGUCUUUAUAUUAAUGAGCAUAAUGUCUCUCUUGUUGAUCAAACUUUGGAAACUCUUACAGAAUAUUGUCAAGGUCCAUGCCAUGAAAAUCAGAACUGUAUCGCUGUCCAUGAAAGUAAUGGAAUCGAUAUCAUUAUUGCUCUUAUACUGAACGAUAUUAAUCCUCUUGGAAAAAAGAGAAUGGAUCUUGUAUUAGAAUUGAAGAACAAUGCAUCCAAACUUCUUCUUGCUAUUAUGGAAAGCCGAGGAGAUAGUGAAAAUGCAGAAAGAAUUUUAUACAACAUGAGUCCGAAACAACUGGUGGAUGUAGCCUGUAAUGCAUAUCACCAGGAAGGUGAAGAUGAGGAGGAUGAAGAUAGUGAGGAAGUUGCUGAAAUAGAUGAUGGUGUUUCACCAAAGGAAGUUGGGCAUAAUAUUUAUAUAUUGUGUCAUCAACUUGCCCAGCAUAACAAAGAAUUAGCUUCAAUGUUGAAACCUAAUUUAGCAGAUCCUGAUUCAAAAAUGAAUCAAGCCUUACAGUAUUAUGCAAGUCACACUGCUCAAAUUGAAAUUGUACGGAAUGAUCGUACGAUGGAACAGAUUGUUUUUCCUGUACCUCAAAUUUGUGAAUUUUUAACCAGAGAAUCAAAAAUGCAAGUUUAUUUGAAAGCAGAGCGUGAUGAGCAAGGAAGCAAGGUGUCCGAUUUCUUUGAAAGAACAGAUGAUCUAUUUAAUGAAAUGAAGUGGCAAAAGAAGUUGCGAGGUCAACCCUUGCUGUACUGGGUUAGUCGACACAUGUCUAUGUGGAGUACUAUUGCCUUUAAUUUAGCUGUGCUAGUCAAUAUCAUUGUUGCAAUUUUUUAUCCAUUUCCUGACUUUUCUGGUAAAAUCGAUCCACGCAUAUCAGGUUUAAUGUGGACUGUUAUGUUUGCAUCAUUAGCUGCUGUAAUAACUGUACCUGGAACAACAGUUAUUCGUAUUUAUGUAUUUUCGUCAAUAUUAAGAAUGAUAUAUUCGGUUGGCCUUCAACCAACUCUAUGGAUACUAGGAACUGUUAAUGUGGUUGUAACAGCUGUUCAUUUAGUCAGUAUUAUGGGUAAUCAUGGGACAUUUACAAAAAGCUUUCGCCAAAUACUUACAGAUUUUGAGCUGUUAUACCAUAUGGUGUAUCUGUUAUUUUGCAUUUUAGGGCUUUGUGCUCAUCCCUUUUUUUAUAGUGUUUUGCUUUUAGAUGUUGUUUACCAAGAAGAAACAUUGAAAAAUGUCAUCAAAUCAGUUACAAGAAAUGGCCGAUCUAUUAUUUUAACAGCAGUGUUAGCAUUAAUUUUAGUCUAUCUCUUUUCUAUUAUUGGAUAUUUGUUCUUUCGAGAUGACUUUCUUAUGGAAGUCGAUGUUAAACAUCAUCGUGAUCUUGCUGGUGCUAUAGGAGUUGAAGAAAAUGCAAAUAAUGUGUCUUCAGAACCAUUUCUCUCAGCUGAUGGAUAUUGUCCUGUUAAUGAUACCACUUGUCUGAAAGGAAUAGAAAAUAUAUAUAAAUCUCAUGAUGAGAAUGAAACAGCAUUUGAAGUGCAAAAAGUGACUCCUUCCCAGAAUGAUGAUGAUGACGAUGAAGAUGAUACUACUACAGAAAGAGCUUGUGAUUCAUUGUUGAUGUGCAUUGUUACUACUUUAAAUCAAGGUCUAAGAAAUGGUGGUGGGAUUGGAGAUGUUCUUAGGCCUCCAAGUGCAAAGGAACCGUUGUUUGUUGCUAGAGUUAUAUAUGAUCUACUGUUCUUUUUUGUUGUCAUUAUUAUUGUCCUGAAUCUGAUUUUUGGUGUCAUCAUUGAUACCUUUGCUGACCUGAGAAGUGAAAAACAGCAAAAAGAAGAAAUACUGAAAAAUACAUGUUUCAUUUGUGGUCUUGAUAGAGCAUCAUUUGAUAACAAAACUGUAUCAUUUGAAGAACACAUACGAUGUGAACAUAAUAUGUGGCAUUAUUUGUAUUUUAUUGUUUUGGUUAUAGUAAAAGACCCAACCGAAUUCACGGGACCUGAAAGUUAUGUUGCUUCCAUGAUCAAGGAUCAUAAUCUUGAUUGGUUCCCUCGCAUGCGAGCCAUGUCACUUGCUGCUGAUGAAGCAGAAGGGGAACAAAAUGAAAUUCGUACUUUACAGGUUCAACUAGAAAAUACUCAAAAAUUAGUUUCAACAUUAUCUCAUCAAUUAGCUGAAUUACGAGAUCAGAUGACUGAGCAACGCAAACAGAAACAAAGAUUGGGGCUUCUUGGAACGCCUCCAGUUCCUGGAAGUUAUCAUCAAACAUCAACAUCUAGUUCUGUUGCUGUUUAAAAAAAGUUGAAAAUGUGCUCAAAUUUCGUGUUGGUGAACUGUCAUAACAUGCAUUGGGACAUUCUCAUCUAAUAAGGACUUACUGUUACCAUUUUUGAUGAGGAAGACUAAAACUUAUUGAAUUUUAAAUAUUGUACAUUUGUAUCCAAAAAUAUUUUAAGAUUUUUACAUAGUAUGUUCCAUAAAAAGGAAAAAAGACCAUGAUAUAUUAGUCUGCCGGCAGACCAAACUUGAGAAAUUAUAGAUAUUAACAGUCUUUAGCUUAUAUUUGAUUAAUUUUAAAAUUGACUUUAAUGUUGCAAUUUUUUUUUCUUAUCUUUGAUAGUUUUGUAUAAAAUACCUUAGCUAGUCAAAAUAUCCCAUUUUAUAUCUUUUUGCAAAGUGCAUGUUAUACAUUGCUUAUAUAAAUGCACUGUUAUUCACUUUCAGAAAAACGAUAUUUAAAAAAAUUUAGUUUUUUUUUUCUGUUAUUUUGAUGAAUGUCUUCUGUGGUGCAUUUAAUAUAAAUAAUGCGUCUGCAUUUUUAUCUCAUCUUUGUAUUUUUGUUUGUUUUGUAAUUAAAGCAUAUAUAUGUUUAUCAGGUGAUGCUAGAAUUUUUAUAUUUUUUUCAAGCAACCAAGAAUUUAAGAAAUUAUUUGAAUUUCUUUAUUGCUUGUUACAUUUUUAAAAAAAAGUUUAAGUUUCAAUUUUUAUUUUUUGCGUUGAGAUUAAAGAUAUUUAUGGUUGAAGGAUUUAUGAAAAUAUAUUUUCUUCUACUUUUGAUUACAACCUUAAACAUGUUAAAAAUUUUGGGUCCAAUAAGUCAUCGAAGUUUCUGUAAACGAAAUGUUUAUGUAUAAUGAAUAUUCAAAGAAAAAAUAUUUUUCAUAUAUAAUCGAAUUGUGAAAUUAUGUGAAUUAGGUAUUUGAAUGAAACAACUUCUACUGCACAUUUCUAGAAUUAAUGACCAUAAUCAAAUUUCUGAAUUAUUUUUUAAUUCUUGUUUAUGAAAGUUUACAAUUUUUUCAAUUUGUAUUUGAAUUAAAUGUCUUUCAUUAUUUAAAGAUAGUGUACUCCCAGUGAUAUACAGAAAUAUUUAAAUCUUUUAUAAUGUAAAACGGCAAGUUAUUCAAUUUUUUUUAUAUGCUUGUAUUGUCAUUGUUGAAAAUUAUUUUUGAUUAAUUGUGAAUGAAGUAAAGGUGAUCUCUAGAAAUUUGAAUAUCUAUUUGAAUUUUUAUUUCAAAAUCAAUUUAUUUAAUUAAUGAACUUCAAAUGUUUUAUUCUCUUAGUUAACUGCAUGUUUCCAUUAGAAAAAAUAUUAAUAUAAUUUUUCAUAUGGUGUGUGUUCUCCAUUUGAAAUGGUGGCAAGUUGGAAUUUUUUCAGAGCUAUAGUUAUAUGUUUUCAUUAUUUUUAGUUAGAUUUUAAAAAUUAUUUAUUUAUUUUAAUAAGGUUUUAAUUUUUUUAAAUCAGAAAUUUUAUUAUGUAAAGAACUAAAGAAGAUUUUUGUUUAGUAAAUUAUUGUUUGUUUUUGAGAUUACAGAGUUUUUAUUAAGAAUUUCUUCAAUCCUUCUCUUGCAUUUGAAAUUGAAAUUAUCAAAAUAUAUAUGAAUAAGUGUUCUUAAAAAAAACAUAAGCAUGGCAUUUCAUAUCAAGAAAUGAAUAUUUGAGUGAUUCUUGUAAGACUAAACAAAUUUUUUGCCCCCGAUAUUAUUUAAAUUUAUUUUUCUCCAUUUAAUUUUAAUAUUAUAAUAUUUAAAAAAUGAAAUGAAUCAACUAUUUAAACUUAGUUUGAUGUACAUUUUUUAAUUAAUGUAUCUUUUCACUUGUUUUAUGAUUCUUCCCUCUAGAAUAUAUUUUAUCUACCUCUUGGAGCAAUACAUUUUAAAAAUUAUUAACAAUUAAGUCUUCCAUUCUUUUUUAAUGCAUUUCUAUACCUCACACAUUUAUCUUUUUAUGAUUGUUUAAGUAUAAUUUUUUAUUAUAAAAUUUAAUGUUUCAACCCUUUUACUAGGGGAAAUGCAGAUUUUUUUCUCUGUUUGUAAAUGAGGUGGUAUAACUCUCGUAUCAGUAAUGUAUAUUUAUUUUGUCCUUCCUUCCUUGAGAUUUUAAUCUGUAAGAUACCCUAAGUGACCUAUAUACUGUUUUACUACUGAUCCCAUUGCAUUGAAUUGUAUGAUGCUUCCCACAGAUGGUCAAUAGGGACUAUGGAUCUUAUUUAUUAAUGACUUGAACAGGAGUAAAACAGUUUCUAGUUCUUCCAUUGAGGAUUAAUAAGAGAUAUCUUAGCCGUCAUUUCCACCCAUAAUCUAAAAGUUAAAUUUUUCUAUAUUUUAUUCCUGAAUUUUACAUUUAUUAAUGGAUUAUAACUCACUUUUUAACCAAGUGAUUUUUUUUAAAGGCACCUUAAACAUUUCACGUAAUUUUUCUGUUGUGAAAUAAAUUUUCUUUGUUGAAAAAAAAAACGUAAAUAAGUAUUUCUGAAAUAGAUUCUGGUACUUGUUUAUUUUUACGACGUUCGCAAUAAAUAGCAAAAACUGCAAAUCGUCGCCUGUUUGGCGUCUGGGCACUGGCGAUCCUGGAAUACUCUGAAAAUCGCCAAGCAAACCUCGUAUUGUUGCAUAAUCUGUCGGUAAAUAAACCCAGGGCCGUAAAAAUAAACAUGAUUUUUUUAAGUAAACAAAUAUUUUUUCUGUGUCUAUUUUGGCACAUAAAUCCAGUCUUCCUAUUACUAUGUUUAGUUGUUGCUAGACAUGGUAUGGAUAUUUGCUCUUUUAUCCAAGUGCCAAAAGUCUUUUAUAUUAUAUGUAAUGUUUCCACUUGUAUAUCAGAAUGCAAUUUAAAACUGCCCUAUCUUGUUUGGUAUUUUUGUUUUUUCUUUAUAAGUUUGUGUAAUCUCGAUCUUGUCGAUGUCUCCAAAGAAGUAAAUGUAUGAAUCAUUUUUAGUAUUUUAUGUGUAUGUUAAAUAUUAAUCAUUUUUACUCUCGACAUACAACGAUAUUUCUUCCAGUUGUAAAAUCAUGUUAGAUUAUGGAAAUGAUAUUGUUCGAAUGUGUUGAAUGCUAAAAUUUUCUAAACGUUUUGUAAUGUAUUUCAUAAAAUUUUACUUGGACAUUUCCUAACCCAGCAAGAUCAAAAUUUGAUUAAGAAGACUGUGUGAACAAGAUUGAUUCUCUAAAACUUUUAUAUUACUGUAGGUGCUUGAGAUUAGAUUCUUUGAAACUCAAGAACUUAAUUAAUUGCAGAUCUCUAUACAACUUACUUUGUAAAACUGUUUUACAUGUUUCUGAAUCCAAAAUGUGAGAAUUUAAAACAAUAUCUCUGUAAUAAAUCAUUCAUAAAAUUGUAUUAUUUCUUUAUUUUAAAUGCGAAAGUUAGGAAAUCAGUAGUGUGUCUCUGCCAUGUUAGGUUUCACGACUUUUCAAAAUAACAAAACCAUCCCUUCACUGUUGAUUGUUUUUUUUAUCUUCAUAAAGCACUGUCUUUGUUCAAUGUAUAUUGUUGUUUAUUACAUAUUUUAUAAAUUUUCUAACAAUAUUUAGUUUUUAACUCUCUAAUAAAUUACUAUUUACAAAG